CUUUUAUUUCCCUCCUCAGCAUUCGUCUUUGAGGCCGGCUUCCCACUCAAACUACGAAAAUUACCAAAAUUACCCUUCGCUCCUCUCUCCUACCUACAGACCAAAGGCCUGCUUGCAAAUCCAAACGUGUUCUCUCAUGGCCGACUCCGAUUCUUCCGAAACCCUAGAACAACCAAGCUCAUCCGCCCAUGACCCAGUAAAAGAUCCCAGACUUAUUGCUAGAAAUUAUCAGUUGAUGUUGUGUAAGAAAGCUGUAGAGGAGAAUAUAAUCGUUUAUUUGGGGACUGGGUGUGGAAAGACACAUAUCGCGGUGCUGCUUAUUUACGAGCUGCGCCACUUGAUUAUAAAACCGCAGAAGAAUGUAUGCGUUUUCUUGGCACCGACAGUACAUCUUGUUCGACAGCAAGCCAUGGUCAUAGAGGACUCCACUAAUUUCAAGGUUGGGAGCUACUUUGGCAAUAGUAAGCGUUUGAAGAACCAUCAUGAUUGGGAAAAAGAGAUUGAACAACAUGAGGUUCUUGUUAUGACCCCCCAAAUACUUCUCCGUAAUUUAGAGCAUUGUUUUAUCAGGAUGGAGAUAAUUGCGCUUUUGAUAUUUGAUGAAUGUCAUCAUGCACAAAUACAAAACAGGCAUCCUUAUGCACAAAUCAUGAAGGAGUUCUAUAAAACGAACAACACAAAGCGUCCACGCAUAUUUGGCAUGACUGCAUCUCCGGUGAUAGGGAAAGGUGGAUCAAAUCAAGCUAAUUAUUCCAAAAGCAUCAACAGUCUGGAAAAUUUACUUGAUGCAAAGGUUUGUUCUGUUGAAGACAAAGAAGAACUGGAAAGUCUUGUGGCCUCUCCACAUGUGAAGUUUUAUUGCUAUGGUUCCACUGCUUCAAGCUGUAUUCUAAAAUGUAUCAAAAAACUUGAGGAUACAAAAUUCCAGUGUAUGGCCAUGUUCAGAAAGAACAUUGAUGAUCACAAAGAUCUUCAGAAGAAGAAAAAGCUGCUUUGGAGGCUCCAUGAAAAUCUAAUUUUUUGUUUGGUAAAUCUUGGUCUUUGGGGAGGGACACAAGCUGUUCGUAUCCUUAAAAAAGAUGAUCAGUUUGGGCUAAGAGAAAUGAUGGAGACGGAAGGCAUUAGCAAUGAUAACUUAACAGAUCUAUAUUUAACUCAAGCUGCCAAGGUUUUGGAUUCUGAUUUCAUGAAUGGGCUUGAAUUUGGGGGAGAAAUCUCGACUCGAAGUGGAGAUGGGCCGGAACUCGAAGAUGGUAUUGGAUGCAAUUCUUUCCAUUUUGAGGCUUUAGAAGAACCAUUUUUCUCUGAAAAGUUAUUGGUUCUUAUCAGGAUUCUCUCCACUUAUAGGUCUAGAGCAGGCAUGAAAUGUAUAGUUUUUGUGAAGAGAAUCAUUGUUGCAAGAUCAUUGGCCUUCAUCCUUGGAAGAUUACCCUCACUGACUUUCUGGAAGUGUCAGUUCCUUGUGGGAAUGCACUCUGGACAAAAAAAUAUGUCGCGGAAAAUGAUGAAUGGCAUUGUUGAAGAUUUUCGGUCUGGAAAGGUCAAUCUACUGGUUGCAACCAACGUGGCCGAAGAAGGACUUGAUAUACAGACCUGCUGCCUUGUAAUUCGGUUUGAUCUACCAGAAUCUGUCACCAGCUAUAUACAGUCUAGAGGCCGUGCACGCAUGCAACAGUCAGAAUAUGUGUUUUUGGUGGACAGAGGAAAGGAGCUUGAGAUGAACAAAAUCAAUGAUUUUAUUUCUGAAGAAGAUCUUAUGAACAAGGAAAUUGUAUGUAGGUCAUCAAGUGAAACUUUUGAUGGUUUGGAGGAGAGGAGGUACAAAGUUGAGACCACCGGUGCCUCGAUUAGUACUGGAUCUAGCGUUUCAUUACUCUAUCAUUACUGUUCGAAACUCCCACGAGAUGAAUAUUUCACCCCUAGGCCAGAGUUCUAUUACAUUGAUGAUUUAAAUGGGACUCUCUGCCGCAUAGUUCUCCCUCCCAAUGCGCCACUUCGUCAAGUUGACAGCUUACCCUGCCUUUCAAAAGAUGAAGCUCAGAGAACUGCAUGUCUGAAGGCAUGCAUAGAAUUGCAUGCACUGGGUGCUCUGACAGACUUUCUUUUGCCUGGCCAAGAUGAUGAAAACAAUGAAGGACAAGUGUUACAGCCUUCAGAGUCUGAUGACAGUGAAGAUGAAAUUUUGCGAGAGGAACUUCAUGAAAUGCUAGUCCCUGCUGCACUUCGAGUUCCCUGGUCUAUUACUGAGAAUCCUGUCUGUCUUCAUUUUUAUUUUAUUCAAUUUAUUCCUAUCCCAGAUGAUAGGCAAUACCAAAAUUUUGGGCUUUUUAUCAAGACUCCUCUACCUAAAGAAGCUGAAACCAUGGAUAUUGAUCUUCAUCUAAAACAUGGUAGAAUUGUUAACACCACGCUUCUCCCUUCAGGAUUGAUUGAAUUUGAUAACAACGAGAUUAUCCAAGCACAGAAUUUUCAAGAAAUGUUUCUUAAGAUCAUCCUCGACAGAGAAGAGUUUCUUUCUGACUUUGUUCCUCUGGGUAAAAAUGCUUCACCGGAGCUAAGCUUAUCAACCUUUUACCUAUUGCUUCCUGUCAGGAAGCAUGAACAUGACGAUAAAAUGACUCUUGACUGGGAGAUUGUUAAGGGCUGUUUAUCUUCACCAGUUUUCAGAUAUCCAACUGAUGUUACUGACCGAAGUGCUUUUCCUGUGAGAAACUCAUUGGAAUUUAUUAGUGGCCCUGUCAGUGUGGCCGACAUCCCAAACAGUUUAGUGCUCACUCCACACAAUGAAUUAAUGUUCUUUGUGGUUGAUAUUCUUCAUGGAGUGAAUGCAAACAGUCAAUUUAAGGAUGCAACCUAUCUGGAGCACUACAUGAAAAGGUUCAACAUUCAUCUUUCAUAUCCAGAACAACCACUUUUGAAGGCAAAGCAAUUAUUUUCUUUGAGUAACUUGCUGCAUAAUGGAUUGCAAGCGAAUACAGAGGUCCGUGAAAAGCAGGAACACUUUGUGGAGUUACCUCCAGAACUUUGUUCAUUAAAGAUAAUAGGUUUUUCAAAAGAUAUAGGGAGUUCCCUAUCGUUGUUACCUUCUAUAAUGCAUCGGCUGGAAAAUUUACUUGUGGCAAUUGAAUUGAAGAACAUGUUAUCAACUUCCUUCCCAGAGGGAUCUAAAAUUACUGCCAACCAUGUACUGGAGGCACUCACUACUGAGAAGUGCUUGGAACGCUUUUCUCUUGAAAGGCUUGAAGUACUUGGUGAUGCUUUCCUUAAGUAUGCCGUUAGCAGGCACCUUUUUCUUUUGCAUGAAGGCCUGGAUGAAGGGCAACUGACCAGGAAGCGUUCUAGUAUUGUUAAUAAUUCACAUUUAUAUGAGCUGGCGAAAAAGAAUAAUUUACAGGUAUAUAUACGUGAUGAAUGGUUCUAUCCAUCUAAUUUCUAUGCACUCGGCCGUCCUUGUAAAGUAAUUUGCAAUCAGGACACAGAAAAAGAUAUUCAUGCCCAAAUAGGUAGCGGAAAGAUAGCAAAUGGUGCAGGUGCCAGUGUUGUCAAAUGCAAUAAACGCCACCAUUGGUUACACAGGAAAACUAUUGCAGAUGUUGUCGAGGCCCUUGUUGGUGCAUUCAUAGUUGACAGUGGGUUCAAAGCUGCAACUGCAUUUCUUAGAUGGAUGGGAAUACAAGUGGACUUUGAAGAAUCAGAUGUUUCUAAAGCUUGCAUCGCCAGCAAGAGCAAUUUAUCACUCACUGGUAAUAUAGAUAUUGCUUCCCUUGAAAGGUUGAUAGGAUACAAGUUUCUGCAUAGUGGUUUACUUCUACAGGCAUUUAUACACCCUUCCUAUAACAAGCAUUCAGGAGGUUGCUAUCAGAGAUUGGAGUUUCUUGGAGAUGCAGUGGUGGAUUAUUUGAUGACAUCAUAUCUAUAUUCAGUUUAUCCUGAUCUGAAGCCAGGCCAAUUGACUGAUUUGAGGUCAAUGGCUGUAAAUAAUAAUUCCUUCGCUCAUAUAGCAGUGUGUCAAUCCUUCCAUUCAUAUCUUAUUAGCGAUUCUAGUAGCCUCUCUGAGGCAAUAAAAAAAUUUGUGAAUUUCAUCAAAUUACCUGCCUCAGAAAAGAACCUGCACUUGGAGCCAAAAUGUCCCAAGGUUCUUGGUGACUUGGUUGAAUCUUGUGCCGGUGCUGUACUUUUAGAUACGGGAUUCGACUUGAAGCUUGUGUGGAGAAUAAUGUUCAACUUCUUGGAUCCAGCUCCUCACUUGCAGCUUAGUCCUAUUAGGGAGCUCCAAGAACUUUGUCAAUCGUUCAAUUUCGAGUUGACAUUUCCAUGGUUGAAGAAAGAUAGAGGAACCUUCUCCGUCGAAGCAGUUGUGAAUGUAAAUGGUGUGCGUUCAACUGGCCACGCUAUCAACCUCAGCAGAAAAGUUGCUAAAAGAAUGGCUGCAGAAGAAGUGCUAUCAAAGUUGAAGGCACGAGGUUUCAAACCUAAAAGCAAACCAUUGGAAGAUAUUUUGAAGUUGAGUCGCAAGAAGGAACCACAACUUAUAGGUUAUGAUGAAGCACCUUUAAAAAUGGAUGCUGUUGACACCAUUCGACUGGAAGAGUUGCAGAUUCAGGAUGCAGAAGAGGCUCUUCCUUCAACUGACAGCAACCGCAGCAAAGCACCUGGCAAAGAGCCAGCCAUUGCAAUGAAAUCAGCAGAAAGGCAUCUGGGUGAGACCCAGGAUGCAAAAGUGGCUUCUUCUUCAACUGAGCGCAACAGUGUCACACGCGGCAAAGCCGUUGGCCCUACCAUUGCAAUGAAAUCAGCAGAAAGGCAUGCGGGUGAGACUAGUGAAGCUCAUAACUUCGACACUGAGAAAGAGACCGCAGAAUCUACACACAAGAGAUCAGCAAGGUCAUGCUUGUAUGAGAUCUGUGCUGCCAAUUACUGGAGUCCUCCUUCAUUUGAGUGUUGUCAGGACGAAGGACCGAGCCACAUGAAAAUGUUUGUUUACAAAGUUACAGUUGAAGUAGAAGAUGCCACAACCACAAUUUUAGAGUGCUUUGGCGAACCAAGGUCGAAGAAGAAAUCAGCGGCAGAGCAUGCUGCAGAAGGGGCAUUGUGGUUUCUCCAGCAUCAAGGGUACUACUCGAAAUCAGAGUAAGCAGUUGUUUUGUCCAUGCACACAUUCUCUUUUUGAAAACCAGAAAACAAGCUUCUUUUUGCAUUGGCAUCAAUCUUGUAUUUUGGGUAUUGCAAUGAAUUUAUCAGUGCAAAAGGUGUAGCUUCAUUUUGCCAGCAAGCAAAAGGGUCUUUAACAAUAACAAUUUUUGUAUCUAUUGUGAAUAUGGAAAGUAACAGAUGCCCACAUGUUCUCAUAUGGGGUAAAAGCUGUAUUAAUUCAGGUUCUUGCUAAUUUCUAACCAAGAAGAUUGGAUUGGA